GCCUACUAGUGAAGAAUUAAAACGUUGCCGCUGCCGGAGCUGAAGUGGUUCAGUUACAGAAACUUGAAGGAUUAGCGAGAGCGAGCAAGAUAGAAUGAGAAAAAUAUGGUCAAUUUCAUCAAUUAGAAAUCUAGGGUUUGUUAAACGAAGAAUUAGCUCUAGCUCAAUAAAUAAUCUGUUUCAAAAUAACGUCCUUUGCUUUUAUUCUCAUGAUCCUUCAAAUCAUACCUUUUCAAAGCCUUCAGGGCUAUUGGCACGCUAUAAGAAUAUGGUUGAUCAAGGAAAGCUACAGCAUGAUCCUUACCAGGAAAAAGUUGCUUCUGAAUUAGAAAAACUACUUGGAAGAUUGCAACAGUAUGAGAAGGAUAUGGAGGAUUAUCAUGUAAAGCUUGCUAAUUGGGAGCAGAAGAGAGAGAAUGAGAGGAUCAAGCUUUUAAUGGAAGAAGCUGAGCAGAAGCAGAAAGGAGAUACUCUAUGGACAUCAUUAAAUGAGCAAAAGAACAAUCUUUUUCAAAGAUGGAUGUUAAGGAAAAAACCUAAAAAUGUUGAACCCGGAGUAGGUAGAUGGGUUUCAUACUUAAAUAGAGAAAGAAAAUUAGAUUCUGUUGUUGGUCGCCGUCCAAUUGCUCCUCCAGCACCCAAAGGACUUUAUAUAUAUGGCAAUGUUGGAAGUGGGAAGACUAUGCUAAUGGAUAUGUUUUAUGGUGCGACUGAAGGAAUUGUUAAACAUCGAAGAAGAUUCCACUUUCAUGAGGCUAUGCUAAAUAUAAAUGAACAUAUGCAUAAGAUAUGGAAGAAACAAGUGGAGGAACAGUGUCUUGAGUCUAGCAUAUCUAGCUGGAUAAUGAAUCUUCCAUUUGACUUGAAAGUCAAAGAAUGGCUAGCUGCAGAAGAAAAAUAUAAGCAAGAAGCGCAGGUGAAAAACAUUCUUUCUACUGUAGCAGACAAGUUUCUUGUAGACCGGCGAGCAGGUCAAAAGGGGGCUAGUGUUCUCUGCUUUGAUGAGAUACAGACAGUUGAUGUAUUUGCUAUUGUCGCCUUAUCUGGAAUUCUGAGCAGAUUGUUGACUACUGGAACUGUUCUUGUGGCCACGAGUAAUCGAGCACCAAAUGAUUUAAAUCAGGAUGGUAUGCAGAGAGAGAUCUUCCUAAAAUUAGUUUCAAAAUUGGAAGAGCACUGUGAGAUUGUUCUGAUUGGAAGUGAGAUUGAUUAUCGCCGCUUUAUAGCUCAAAGAUUUGAAGACCAGGUUCACUAUUUCUGGCCAUUGGAGAGCAAUGCUGUGAAGGAAUUUGAGAAAAUUUGGUGUCAGAUCACAGACCAAUUAGGAGGAGAAAUCGUCUCUGCUACUAUCCCAGUUAUGUUUGGGAGAGAGUUGGAGGUUCCCGAAAGCUGUAAUGGUGCGGCAAAGUUCACAUUCGAAUAUCUGUGUGGGCGGCCGAGAGGUGCAGCAGAUUAUAUUGCAGUUGCAAAAAGUUAUCAUACUGUUUUCAUUUCUGAAAUUCCAGAAAUGAGCAUGCGAAUCCGCGACAAGGCACGUCGAUUUAUCACUCUCAUAGAUGAGUUGUACAAUCAUCAUUGCUGCCUAUUUUGUUCUGCAGCUUCUUCCAUUGAUGAUCUAUUUCAAGGAACUGAAGAGGGUACACUUUUUGACUUAGAAAGUUUCCAAUUUGAAACAGAGAUAGAAGGUGGGAAACUUCGCAGAGAUGUUUUAUCUGAAGGCAGUGUGGGUUCUGGAGGUGCACCAACUGGCAUAGUUUCCAUGCUAUCUGGUCAGGAAGAGAUGUUUGCUUUCCGCCGAGCAGUUUCACGCUUGAUAGAAAUGCAGACACCUUUGUAUUUGGAAGGAGUUAAACUGCUUCAUCCUUAUUUUCAAAGGCAACAUAAAAAAUCAGGAAAUAAUCACUCAUCCAUUUUACAUUCUCAAGCAUCACUUUGAGAGUGGGGAUUCUUGCGAUAGCGUCAAAGGCUUUGUUGGAGACAACCAUUGUGGCUGGGCAUGGAUUAAUACUGCAAAAAUCCACCACCUCCACAACUAUGGAUCCACCCUGACACGCUCGCUUGGUCCACUGAUGCACCGCAUCCUGUAUUUCAGACCACAAGCAGCGGUAUUGACCCAUAAGUCAUCACUAGCUGCAAGAAAAUACCCACCCUGUGGGAAUGGAUCUUGGUUGUAACCAUUACAUUUCGUUGCUUCAGCAAUACAGGAGAACGCGAGAAAAGAAAAUCAGACGAGGCAAAGAGUCUACAAAACAAAAGCUUUUAGGCAGUACUUUAGCAUAGUUUGUGCUAGCCGAUGCAUAUGGAUUACAUUUAACUUACGUUUUCUCUCGAUUACCUUGUCAUCAUAGUUGCACACACUAAAAUACUUGUAAGAAAUCAACAAUUAGCUAUAAUUAAGAUGCAAAUGCCAAUGCAAGUGGAGAGAAAUUUGUUUCUACAUACGCAAGUAGGGAGGAUCAUAAGACUUGGCAGUCCCGGCAUCCCCUAAAGCUCUUGGAAACUUGAAGCACAAGAAUAAUAGAAAGAGCAUUAAGGUAUUCCGAUGUAUAGAAGUAGAAUAUAGAGGCGCUCUCAUACUACGGUUAUCCCCCAUUUGAGUUCCUGUAUUAAAGAGCUGUGUUCUGCUGAAGAAAAUGGGCAGUAAUGCAGUAUGAUGGAUGUCAUUAAAAAACUGGAUUAAAAAAUUUAACAAAUGGCUACAUGACUUGUAUCAUUCUAUCAAUUACAUAAUUGUGACUGGAAAGUGAUGAUUCUGUCUUAA